AUGCAUCUGACCGCCAGCCUCCUCACGGCCGUUUCCAGCAUAGGCUACGUAUCUGCCGUGGGCGUGAGCUCGAGGGAAUCAUGCGAUACCGACAAGCUUGACAGCGCCACGUUCUUCUACCCCAUCACCGUCGACGGCACCACCGUAUUCGAUGUCGCCAAGGCGACCAAGCGCGGUGUCUGCGACAUCGGCCGUGAGAACCUCAUGGCCGAUGUAGAGAUCAUCCCCAACGUCGGGCAGAGCAUCCGCAUCCCGCCGCAGGUCUGCGAACCCGACAACGAGACCUGCCUCCUCUCGGGCCCGGGCACCCGCAACUGCGUGCUCGGAGGCCCCCGCCUGUACUACACCCAGAGGGGCGAUACGUACGCCAAGAUUGCCGGCCGCCUCAACAUGACGGUCAGCUCCCUCACGUCCGGGAACGAGACGUCCGCCACCGAGCAGCUGCCGGUCGGCCAGUUCGUCAAGGUGCCCCUGUGCGACCCUAGCGAGUGCGUGAUCCAACCUUUCCAGAUGAGCUCCAAGGUGGUCUACAAGGACUUGGCCGACAGGUACGGCUCCACCGUCGGCCAGAUCAUCAGCCUCAGCCCUACCUACAACUACAGCAACGGCGCCAACGCUGCGUCGCCGGAUCCGUCCAUCUCCAUCCCCGUCAACUGCACCCUGCUCGACAGCGACUACGACGUGCUGGGUUGA